AUGAAGGCCUUCAUUCCCGUUGUUUUGACCGUCCUCGGUCUGACCGUUCAGGGUGUUAUGCGGUCUCCUGCCAGUCGCAAGGCGGCAGCUGCCACCCCGGCGGCGAAAGUGACUGCCCAGCAGGAACGCACAGUGUGUUUUGGGACACUGGCUGCGACGCGUCAGACUGGCCUUGGACAGAUGAUGACAGGUGCUGCGUUCCCAAUUAAGCGGCACGCUGUUAUUAUCGGAACUGGAUUUCGAUGA